GGCUUGAAGUAAAAUCUAAAUGUUCCAGGGCUUCCUCCAAUGACUCGGCUGACCCAAAUCGUGGCCGGGUUGCCAAAGAAGUCCCAACUGCCCACAGGCACCCCCAGAAAAUGAUCGUCCCAAUUUAAGAUGACCUUUAUUAAAUGGCCUUCCCGCUCUGCUCGUAUCUCUCCUUCUCUUCUUCACCGUAUUCAAGAAACUCGCCGUUCCCUCGUUCAUUCCGUUCGACACACUCCUUUGUCAAUUCAACCAACUGAGCAAUACAUCGCUCGCACGCUCUUUAGCAACAACGGCCUCUUACGAUCAAACACUUUAAAUUAAAAGCAUUAUACCCAUCAGCGAACACUUGAAAGUUAUCAUUAUUUCCAAAAAUGCGUUACUCCACCACCGCGAUUGUUUUGGCUGCCAUGUCCGUUGGCGAAGCCGUAGCCGGACCUACUCACGUUCACCGACACAAACAUGAGAAGAAGGCUGCCACCAUUGAAGAUUGGACGGCAUUGGACUGGGCCGAGAUGGGCAUCAACUGGUCAUCCGCUUAUGCCGAAGGUCAAGCCUCCAAGACUUCCGCCGCUGCUGCUGCUUCCACCGAUUCCGGCUCUGCUGCCGCUGCUAUCGAUAAUCUUGCAGAGAACAAGAUUGCCGCAUAUCACACUACUUCCGCAUCAGUAGCUGCCAGCACCACAGCCGCCGCUAGCUCUGUCACCAGUUUCGCUACUUCAGCUUCGAGUUCGAAAUCCACAGCUAAGGCUUCUUCUACAUCCAGCUCCAGCAGCCCCCUCGAAAGUUUGUGGGACGAUUUGGUUGGUUUUGCCAAUGAAUUUACAUCGUUCGGUGCCAGAACCAGCUCCACUGGUUCUGAGGUCGGCGCUACUGGAAACAUCGGAUCACCCGAAGGUUCAAACAUGAUGAAGGUAUCUUCUGCUUCCGGCUAUGAUUUCACCGCAAAUUUCAUCAACACCUCUGGAAAGUCUAUGACUGUCGUCGUCUGGAACAAGGCAGCUACUGGCACCGAUGGGAAAAUUUGGCCCAAUCUUGGAUCUUGCCUUGCCACUACAAACCCCACCUUGAACUUCGCUCUCGCACCUGGAGAAAAACAAAUUGUUGCCUUUGACGAAGACUCACUUGUUGGAUGGGCUGAAGCCUGUUCCGAAACCAUCGCUUCCGGUGCCUUUGCCACAACUUGGGGUGAGGCCAGUUUCAACCCUGGAGCUUCCGGAUACGACAUGUCCGCCAUCGUAAACGUUGGCGGUAACGACUACAACAUGUCCAUCAGCUCCGUCGAGGCUCCUCAAUGCACAAGCGACCCUACUCAGAACUACUGGUUGACAGACACCCAGCCAAUCGGUAACAGCGAUGGAAGCUGUUAUAUUUCACAAGACACAGCUACUUUGACCGUCAAGAUGGGCGGAAAGAUGUAAAGCGGAGACUUCUGGUAAAUAGUGUAAUUUGGAAAACGCGACCUUUUGUUCGAAGCAAAUCGUGACUCGUGAGGACAUUUCUUGGUGAAGCAUGAGUGACUUCGACAAGACUCGAAUUGGUGGAAAGCUGGAUCACAGUGGAAGUAACUAUAAUAUGAGAGUUAUUGAAUAGAUCGAUCUUCAUAGGGUGGAGUGAGGGGAAAGGAUACCAUUUGGACAAUACCUUGCAUUUACCAAUUUAUAAUUUAUGCAAUUUUUAGACUCGUUAGCAAUUCAAUUUCAAAAUCUUAAUAUCUUACAUCGACGACCUUGAUUUUAGGCAAAAGAAGUGACUGGAUGAUUGUAGUCUCCAGCGCUGAUUAAGAAUUCAAUCAAUUGCCUUCAGAACAUAGUUCCCAUGAAGCGUGUAGCAACGCCGAGCUCAAGUAGUCGAAGAAGUGAUGUGAAGUAACAGAAGCAAUAACAAGUAAUAAUUGUUACGUCUAAGAAAUAUGUGGUUCAUAACUCACGGAGUCACGAGUCCAAUGUGUUUGAACUGAAGUAGGAGUAGAUUUGAAAACUCAUAAAAGUAAGAUAGAAAGAUGAGAGUAUAGAACAAGUGAUACGAUAUAUAAGUCAUUCUAAAUUCCA